AUGACGCCUGUGCACCUGCCUCCCUGCCCCCGCUGGGAUUUGAGCAUCCUUCAUGCUCCCCGCGUACGCCGCCUCCGCCCUCUCGCCCCCGGGGAAUCCCCACCUGCCCCUGUGAUACCGCGUGACCGUUCCCGCCCCUUGCUCCACCCCAUCCCCUCCCCCCCACCCGCCCCACCCCUGCUCAGCCCGGUGUCCCCGGGUGCAGCCUCCACCCCCCCUGCCGCGCCCCCCCCCAUCGUCCCUUCCACCCCCCACCCCGCCACAGCCCAUUCCAUCCCUCCGCUUGCCCGCCGCUGA